GAUCUAGACUCUAGAUCUAGAUUCUAGAUCUAAUAGAUCUAUAUAUACUUACUAGAUCUAGAUUCUAUAUCUAAUAUAUAUACUUACUAGAUCUAUACACAGUAAAUAACUGACUGUAGAAUUAGGCCUACUGAAUGUUACAGAUAUAAAGACAUUCAGGUAUUUGCAUUAUAUUUAUUGCAUUGUGAUUGUUGCAUUGGCAAGCUUUGAGUAUGGGAAAGACCAGAAAGUCAACCAGAAUGCCAAAAGAUGGAGUUGCUAAAAAAAUGAAGUUAUCCCCACCUCAAAUAGACAAUAUGGAUGUCAGAUUUGAGUGGCAAAGUGAUGGAAACAAAUGGAUUUGUUAUAAACCAAGCUUAAACAGAACCAUUGUUGAAGCAUUCAAUGCAGGAAAAACUCAGGUUCUUCUUCCACUGCCUGAUGAUGUGAGAAUUUGUGUCUAUUUUAAUACGAUGGUGCAGAAAAAUAAAGCGACAGGAUUUGAAAGACAAAUACGCAUUGCACUUAAAGCAGACGCCAGUGAUGAUUUUUAUGUUUGGUCAACGCAAACUCAAAACCUCAACUGGAAUCCAUUCGCAGUCCAACAAAGUAUUGAGCUGGAGAAGUCUUUUGUAGAUCAGCAAGACAGCACUGUUCUCAAGGGCAACAGAAGCUCACUUAAAGUUGACCUGAAGCAAAUGGUACAAACAAAUGUAAAAACCAAAGAAGUCCAACCAGUACGAAGAUGUAAAGAAGAGGUUGAAAUUCCUGCUGAUUUAGACGAGGAAGUGAAAGAAGAGCUAGAGAGUACCACCACAGUCAAAGAGGAGGAGGACAUCAGAGAGGUGAAAAGUGGAAAGAGUCAAAAAAUAAAAAGUGGCAAAAAGUCAACAAAAUCUUCAGUUCGUACAUUGGUUAUGAAGAAAGGGAGUGCUCCUGUGGAUAGCUUGUGCCCUAUAGCCAGCAGUGCUGUUGUUUAUGAAUCAGGCAAAACAGUUUGGGAUUGUAUGUUGAACCAGACUAACAUCUCCAACAACAACAACAAGUACUACCUGAUACAAUUACUACACGACUCCAACAAGAAAACUUACCAUGUUUGGCAGCGCUGGGGAAGAGUAGGGUAUGACGGUCAGAACAAUUUGUUUAAUUGCCAGGGACUUGAUGAUGCCAUGAAAAUCUUUGCUAAAAAGUUUCGUGAUAAAACAGGAAAUGAUUGGGCUUGUAAGGAUUCAUUUUGUAAAAUAUCUGGCAAAUAUGAUUUAUUGAAAAUGGACUACUCUAUUGAUGAUAAAGAUCAAGUCGAUGCUCCUGCUCAGGAAGAAGAACUAAAAGAGAAGAGAAAAGUUCCAGAUUCAAAACUCCAGAAAAAAUUACAAGAUUUGAUUCAAUUAAUUUGUGACAUCAAGUCCAUGGAGGAAGCAGUUGUAGAAAUGAAAUACGAUGCAAAGAAAGCUCCCCUAGGGAAAUUAACAAAAGAUCAAAUCAAGGCAGGCUACUCUGCUUUACAAGAAAUAGAAAAAUUAUUGGAAAAGAAAGUGUCUGGCAGACAUCUAGCGGAAGCUUGUAGUGAAUUCUAUACCAGGAUUCCACAUGAAUUUGGCAUGCAGACGCCACCAUUGAUUAACACACCACAGAUGGUUAAGCAAAAAAUUGAAUUAUUAGAGGCUCUAGAAGAUAUAGAGAUUGCUAUUAAACUUUUGAAAGGUGGCGACAUGUCAGAGAAUCCAGUCGACAGACAUUACCAUCAACUUCAUUGUCAACUUGAGCCAGUUAGCCAUGAUGGGGAAGAAUUCAAACUUGUCGACAGUUACCUGCAGCAGACGCAUGCAAAUACACACAACCAGUAUAAAUUAGAACUUUUGGAUGUCUUCAAAUGUGAUAAGGAAGGCGAAUCUGAAACAUUUCUGGAUUUAGGAAACAGAAUGUUGUUGUGGCAUGGUUCACGGUUAACCAACUGGGCUGGAAUACUGGGUCAAGGCUUAAGAAUUGCUCCACCAGAAGCUCCAGUCACUGGAUACAUGUUCGGCAAGGGAGUUUACUUUGCAGACAUGUCCAGCAAAAGUGCCAACUAUUGUUUUGCUACCAAGACCAAGAAUGUUGGGCUCCUGUUGCUGUGUGAUGUGUCUUUAGGAACAACCAAUGACAAGCUAGCAGCUGACUAUUCGGCCAAUAGCUUACCUAAAGGCAGACACAGUGUAAAAGGUGUUGGCAGGGUGGCUCCAGAUCCUAAAACCUUUGUCAAACUCCCUGAUGGACUGACAGUGCCUGUGGGUAAAGCUGUCAACGUAGCCAAUACAAGUGUACUCAACUAUAACGAGUUCAUUGUGUAUGACACUAGACAGAUCAGGAUGAAAUAUUUAGUGCAAGUCAAGUUUCAUUUCAAAUAGUUUCAUCUGUAAAGUUUCAUUCCAAAUAGUUUCAUUCUGUAAAGUUUCAUUUUUAAUGGUCACUAUGUAAAUUAGAAUUUCAUUAAUGUCAGUCUGUAAAAUUUCAUUUAGAUUGGAUUUAUCAUUUUAUUCAUAAUGUUAGAUCAUUAGACAGAUUGUUUAUUGAUGUAAUAAACUUUUGAUGUCAA